GCAAAGAACACAGACUCUUCCUCCUCAUGUCAUGUCAAUGUUCAACUUCAAGUUCCCCACUUGACCCAUUGGUCACUCUCGCUUUCUCUCUCAUCAGCUAUGAAAUUACCCUUUUCUACGCUAACCCUAAUCUUUUAAUCCAUUCAAACGCAAAAACCCUAAAUCAGAUUCCAUCUUCUUCUUUCUACUCCCCAAACUCAAAAAGCAAGAAAAGAGCCAUGGAAUUGAUCUCUCACCAAGCAAGGAACCCUAAUACCUCCACACAAUUAACACCUCCUUCCUCAAGCCGGUACGAGAACCAGAAACGCCGUGACUGGAACACCUUCUGCCAAUACCUCCGGAACCACCGUCCUCCUCUCUCUCUCCCAUCGUGCAGCGGCGCACACGUGCUCGAGUUCCUCCGCUACCUCGAC